AUGGCCGCCAGACUGCUGUUUCAACGGCGAGCCGCGCCAUUGACGGCCGCCGUCCUCGUCGGCAGCAUCGCCUUCUCUCCCUCCCUCGCCCAUGCCGAAGCCCCCAACGGUCGUCAGUUUCCCAGAAAACCCAUCUACGACGACGACCUCGACGACCCCCUCCCCACCUCCAAAACCCUCCCCGCUCCCCCCAAGCCAGCAGCAGCCGAGCCAACAACACCCUCCACCUCCCUCAUCACCCUCCCCACCACCUCCGAACCAGCGGUCAUCAAAAAAGAAACCCCCACCGACCUCCUCGCCCAGCGAAUCCGCUCCGCCCGCCUCUACCUCUACCACCACUCCUGCAUCCUCGAAGACGCGGUCAACUCCUCCCUCUCCCGCGCCUUCGACCUCGAGCAAUCUUUUACUUCCACCAUCUCCGGCCUCGCCCCCGACCGUGCCUCAGGAGAAAAGCUCAUGCCCGGAGCCAUCUAUGUCCUCGUAGCCGGAAUGGCAGGCAGCAUUGUCGCCCGCAACAGAAACGUCCUCCUCCGCACGGCGACACCCCUGGCGUUGGGCAUCACCGCCGCUUGGACCGUCCUCCCCGUCACGAUGACAAACGUCUCGGAGCUGCUGUGGUAUUACGAGAAGAAGGUACCUGCGGUGGCGGAGGCGCAUCUGCAGGUUAGGGAGGGGGUGGAGAAGGGUGUUUACAUGGCAAAGGUGCAUGCCGAGCUGGCGCAGAGGAAGAUUGAGGAGGGGGUUAGGGAGGUUAGGGAGGGGUUGGAGGGGUGGGUUAGGAAGGGGAAAUAA